UCGGCACAGCCAGGUGUGUGCUGAAGGUAUACGGAAAGGUGUUGCAAAGGUGGGCUGAUGCUAGAGAGCAUUCGCAUUGACGUUUACGCGCGGAGAAGCGCGAGCCGGUGUGCAAGGGAGUCGUGGAACAAACCGGGACGCAACAGUCGCUCACCAGACUUCGUACUGGAACUAUCGCCGAAGCUAUGGUUUCGCUCUUUCGUGACAUUUCGUGAUUCGAGCCUGGGAUACCUGUUACAGACAUCGUCCAGUAAAACGAUAUAUCGGUAGAUCAAAGCUGUCGCGGUGAGUGAUUCCAUUCACGUUUUCUUUCAUUACGAUCGCAGAUACUCCGGUAGCCCGGGCAACAACCCUUCGAUACGCCGAUCGAAGUAUCUCGGUACACGCGUACGGCGACCGUCGAUUCUCUCGUUCCACUCGGAUCUACGUGACCCCGUUUUCAUCUUAAAUCACAGUCAAUUGUUUUUAACGGACGACAUCCUCCGUGGCGAAUUUUUCUGCCUAAUCAGCGUGGCCCACACGACGUACAGUUUUUCAGCAUAUCCUUACGCGAUCUCAUGUUAGUUAUCCAAUUGCGAACCUGGAACAUGGUUUAAUUAAUUAGAAGUGUAACGAGAAGUGAUUUAUUACUUGCCUCAUUUCACAUGCGUGCUUUUAAUCAUUUUAAAGGCCGACUUCUGUUAAACGACAUCUGAGGUAUUACAAGAUAGAACACCGGAAAUCGACCGUUCUAACGAAUGACAUCCGCCACAACUCGAUGUAACAUACAUAAAAGUGGACUAAAAAAUGGAAAUUAAAGGAGGACCAUUGGCAUAAUAGACGACCUUAGGUCGUCAAUCUCUUCUGAGUCCUUUGUACCUGCUUUUAGAAAAAACUUUGUAAUAUAUACAACAUGUCGAUCACAGCCUCCACGGAAAGAAUGGACACAGCCAAGGACCUGCCCAAGAAGAAAUUUAUUAACAUCAAUCUUCUUUCGUUGAAACUUCUGUUAUUCCUCUUUUUUGGAGGAAUGGGAUGUCUCUUCCCUUUUCUUCCUUUACACAUGACUGAAAUGGGAUUGAGCAUCGACCAAAUCCGAAUGAUCUCAAUAAUUUCACCAGCAGUCGCGAUCCUGGGACCUUUAAUCGCUGCUCCAAUCGCGGAUAAGUUAGCAACACAUCAAGGAAGAAAUGACAAGUCCUCAACUGGCCGUUACCUCAGAGUGAUGAUUGCCAUUGCCUGCUUCUUAUCUGCCAUUUUCUAUGCUUUUCUUUUAUUGAUUCCAACGGUUGAUCGUAUUGAACCUCCAAGAGAAAGAAGACCCGGUCUAAAGUUCAACUGCGAUCAUGCAGGAGCGGUGGUGUUGCAAGAAAGAUGCAAAGAUCAUAUUUCUUGCCACAAAUGGUCCGACGAAACCAGAGUUGGUCCAUUGCUUCUGGAAGGAUGCAAUUACGCUUGUUACCCUAUAGGGUUGAAACGAUGGCAUUCCGACGACAAUGAUGGUUCCACUACUUCUGGAACGACCGAUUCCGAUGUUCUAGACGGCAGUGGCGAAACAACAGUGAUUCCUCUUGAGAGUGAAAUGUAUGCCCAGGUGAAUGUUCAGGAGCAAGAUGAAAUUAAAAAAACACGGAGAUUUGCCAUGCCUGAAAGUGAACCACCGCAUUUAUGUUUUAAAGAAGGUGACAAUGUUGUUUGUCAUGUUUACACCAAAUACACAGGCAUCCUGGCUACAAAUGCUACUCUGAAACAAGCCUUGAAUAAUGAAAGUGAACAGGAUUGGUGUGCAUAUCCUCUGGCUGAGUAUUUCACUUGUCGUAUUCCUCUUGAACUUGAAACCAGAAUGGCAGAAGUUUAUCAGAGUUGUUCCAUUGAAUGUGACCUGGUUGAUCCAUAUACUCUUCCAGACAGCGUCCUCGUAGAAAGCCAAUGUCAACAGACAGAAGACUGGACUCAUUUAGUAUUCUGGACAUACUUAGCCAUUCGAUCAGUAGCUGAUAUUUUCCCAACAACGGCCGUGGCUCUGAUCGAUGCAGCAGUCGUAAUAGCCACUAGAGAAACAUCCUGUGGACGCGGAGAUGUAGGACGUCAGUUAGCCUUCGGUUCGCUUGGCUUUGCCAUUUUUGGUCCCUUAACCGGCUAUUUGUGCACUAUUAUAGAAAAUUUGAACUCUUUCUACUAUCUGCCAAUCGGUAUACACACGAUAAUGAUGCUUUUGGCAGCCCUCGUAGCUCUUUGUGCCAACGGAAUGCCACUUAGUCCACCAGAAUGGUGGUGGCAUACUAGAAGCGGCAUGCUGGCACUUCCUAUGAGUGCCAUCAAGAGAUAUGGCAGUGAAACUGCAGCUUUAGUAAUUGUACUGAUCAUUAUGGGAACCUUCUGGAGCGCUAUGGACAGUUAUCUACCUUUGCAUUUACAAAAGUUAGGAGGUGACGAAUUUCCCAUUGGUGUGGCCAUGACUGUUGGAGCAGUUCCAGCAUUUCUGUUCCUCUGGAAGUCUGAGCAUUUAGUUGAUUACUGUGGUCAUAGUAAUCUUCUCAUCACUGCCUUUACCGUGUAUAUUAUUAGGUUUACUGGUCUAAGUCUAGUAGCAGAACCUUGGUGGUCCCUAAUUGCCGAAGCCCUCGAAGUUUUUACGCUAGGAAUCAUGUGGGUUACUGCCAUUCUUUACCUAAGACAUCUCGUCCCUCGUCAUUUAACUGUGACUGCUCAAGCACUACCUGUGAUUGCGCAUUUCUGCGUUGGUCGAUGCGUUGGAGCUGUGAUCGGUGCUUAUAUCAACGUCAAUGGCUCUGACAUCGUUGACUCGUUAAGAUUUCUUUAUCGUUGCAUGGCUGUUGCUGCCGCGGCUGUUGCCGCUUUAUAUUUUGUUUUAUAUCACGGGAUAUUGAAACCGCGAUGCCAUGCACAUACCAUACAAGGUCCACGACAGCCUCCUACUAUUGUACAGGCUGCUAUUAAGGAAUAUGAAUUAACGAUGAAUGGAAAUGGAAAUUAUACACCGCUCAGGGUCUAUCAUAAUGGCAUGGGCAGAAAAGGUCAAUUCCGCUAUUGAGAA